UUCUUACAUUUCUAUGUAGUGUAAAUAAUUGAAAUCGACAAAGAAUUGUAAAUAAAAAUUGUUCAUUGAUUUGCGCGAGAUAUUAUUAAGAUAACAAGCUAAUAAGAGUAUUUUUUGGGGAUAUUAACGAAAUCGGAAGACUAAUUUAAGAAAAAUGUCUGCAAAUACAUCACCUAAGAGAAAUUACAAACCGCCCAAACCUGGCGAUGAAAUCGUAAUUUCCGGGAUCGCCGGAAGAUUUCCUGAAUCUAGAAAUGUGGAAAUCCUGAAAAAAAAUCUACUCAGUAAAGUAGAUAUGGUCACAGGUGAUGAUCGUCGGUGGAAAUUAGAGCAUCCGGAUAUUCCUCAGCGAACGGGAAAGAUCUUAGAUGUGGGGAAAUUCGACGCGCUGUUUUUCGGUGUUCAUUUCAAGCAGGCUCACACGAUGGACCCGAUGUGUAGAAUGCUACUGGAGCAUGCUUACGAGGCUGUUAUUGACGCGGGAAUCAAUCCGAAACAGUUGCGCGGAACGCGAACGGGAGUCUUUAUGGGCGCGUGCUUCUCUGAGUCCGAAAAGACUUGGUUCUACGAGAAGUUACAGGUGAACGGUUUCGGAAUCACCGGAUGCAGCAGAGCCAUGAUGGCGAAUAGGGUAUCUUAUUGGCUGGGAGUAACUGGACCAUCAUAUACUUUGGAUUCCGCCUGCAGCUCGUCUUUGUACGCUAUGGAACACGCUUUUCGAUGUAUUCAAGAUGGACAAUGUGACGCCGCUAUCGUGGGUGGAGCGAAUCUAUGCCUUCACCCAUAUGUAUCUUUGCAAUUCUCUCGUUUAGGCGUUUUGUCACCAGACGGCCGCAGUAAAGUUUUCGAUGCUGAUGCGGACGGCUAUGCUCGCAGCGAAACGAUUUCCGUCGCGUUUUUGCAGAAGGCAAAGGAUGCGAAGCGUAUCUACGCUAGGAUUGUCUAUGGCAAGACAAAUUGCGACGGUUUCAAGGAGCAGAGUAUCACGUUCCCGUCAAGCAGAAUGCAGGGUGAACUGCUGCGAGAAUGCUACCAAGACUGCGGUGUGCCACCGCAUAUACUGUCUUACUUGGAAUGCCACGGCACUGGCACCAAAGUUGGCGAUCCCGAGGAGAUCAAUGCGAUCGACUCGGUUUGCAUCAAGGGUCGAACCACUCCUCUUCUGGUUGGUUCGGUUAAAUCAAAUCUAGGCCAUUCCGAGCCUGCAAGUGGCAUGUGCCAAAUCGCGAAGGUGAUAACAGCGAUGGAAACUGGUAUCAUCCCACCGAACUUGCAUUUCAAGCGACCACGAGAAGGCGUGAAAGCUCUCGAAGAAGGUAGGCUCAAAGUUGUUACCGAGCCAAUACCUUGGGACGGUGGUUAUGUGGGCAUUAAUUCCUUCGGGUUUGGCGGCGCCAAUGCUCACAUUUUAUUGAAAUCUCACACGAAAGAGAAAAUUAAUAAUGGACUUCCGUUUGAUGAUUUGCCGAGACUCGUAGCCGUGUCCGGACGUACCGAGGAGGCUGUUACAAUAUUUUUGGAUGAUAUCGAGAAGCAUCCCGUGGACGUUGAGUAUAUUCGUCUAUUACAAGAUAUUCACACGGAAGAUAUCCAGGGCCACCUGUAUCGAGGAUACACGAUAGUUGGCUCGAAGACGGCAGAGAAACCCAUAAGAGAAUUGGACAAUUAUUUAGGAACGGCCAGACCGAUCUGGUUUGUCUUUUCUGGAAUGGGGUCGCAAUGGCCCGGCAUGGGUACAGAUUUGUUGAAAUUCCCCGUCUUCGCCAAGGCCGUGGAAAAAUGCGAUGCCGUAUUGCGACCGCGCGGCCUGGACAUUUACGAUAUUUUGACAAACAAAGACCAGUCCACUUUCGACAAUAUUUUAAAUUCAUUUGUGGGCAUCGCGGCAGUACAGAUUGGUUUGGUCGAUCUUCUCACAUCGGUAGGCAUCGUGCCGGACAACAUAAUCGGCCAUUCUGUCGGUGAACUCGGUUGCGCCUACGCAGACGGUUGCUUCACCGCGGAACAAAUGAUCCUAUCGGCGUACUCGAGAGGUUUGGCAUCGAUCGAAACAAAAGUAAUUUACGGCUCGAUGGCGGCAGUUGGUAUGGGUUAUGAGGAUAUCAGACAUAUGUGUCCACCGGACAUCGAAGUGGCGUGCCACAAUGCUUCAGACAGCAGCACCAUCAGUGGACCCGCCGAAUCCAUGAAGGAAUUUGUUGCCCAAUUACAGGCUAAGAAGAUCUUCGCGAAGGAAGUGCCGUGCAGCAACAUACCCUACCAUAGUCGCUACAUCGCGCCCGCCGGGCCAAAGCUUCUUGCUUAUCUGUCUGAGGUGAUUCCUCAACCGAAGCCGCGCAGUCGGAAGUGGAUGAGCACGUCCGUUCCUCGCAACAAGUGGUCCACCGCGUCUGCUAAAUUGUCGUCCGCCGAAUAUCAUACCAACAACCUCCUGAGCGCAGUGCUGUUCGAGGAAACGUCACGUUUGAUUCCGAAGGACGCGGUGACCAUCGAGAUCGCGCCUCACGGCCUUCUGCAGGCCAUUUUGAGGCGAUCCCUCGGCUCGCAAGUCACGAACAUCGCGCUUACGCAACGCGGCCACAGAGACAACUCCGAGGUAGUCUUGCAGGCGAUCGGGAAGCUUUAUAACACCGGGCUGCAGCCGGACAUAGCGAUCCUCUAUCCGCCUGUGGAGUUUCCAGUCAGCCGCGGCACCCCAAUGAUCUCUCCUUCCAUCAGGUGGCAGCAUUCCGACGACUGGUACGUAACGACGUUCAAGUCAACGAAAAAGAUCACUUCCGGAGAGAGAAUCGUCGAAGUAUCAUUAAAGAAUGAGGACGCAGAGUAUAUAAAAGGCCAUAUAAUUGAUAAAAAGGUGUUGUUGCCUGCUAUAGGAUAUCUCGCUUUUGUUUGGGAAACUCUCGGUAUGUUGCGUGGAGAAAUUUACUCCGAGAUAUCGAUUGUCUUCGAAAAUAUCACUUUCCUUCGUGUCACUCCCAUGCCGACGGACAACAUGAUUGAACUAACAGUGAUGAUUCAGAAAGGUAGUGGAAAAUUCGAGGUGUCGGAAGGCAGCUCUGCAAUUGUGAGCGGGCAGGUACGCGUCGUAUCGAAUCCAGCGCAGGAGAUGAUGUCAACCCAAUACCUACCACAGGAUGACGAUGAGGAAGAAGUGAUGAUUACCAAGGACAUUUACAAGGAGCUACAGUUACGCGGCUAUUAUUAUGAGAAUGCCUUCCGUGCCUUGAGAAGCGCGUCGAUUUCUGGGAAAAAUGGACACAUUAGUUGGAUCGGCAAUUGGGUGACGUUUGUGGACGCAAUGAUGCAAAUGAUGAUCAUAGGAAUGGACACGAGAAGUUUGUACGUGCCGACGACAAUACAGAAGCUUGUGAUUGAUAUUAAUUCUCACUACCAGGCGAUGCAAGAUAUGGCUUUGGAAGACAAACAAUUACCUGUACGUGUGUACAAGACUUUGAACCUCAUAAAAUCAAGUGGCGUCGAGAUUCAGGGUCUCAAAGCUACAGCUAUACCUCGCCGGCCACCGACCAGCGACCCGAUCAUCGAAGAGUACAAGUUUGUGGCUUACCGCGACGAGGCGCGAGUGUCUCUGCAAGAGGCUGUCAGAUUAUCGACUCACAUUGCACUCGAGUAUCAUCAAUCCAUUCACGCGAAAGUCAUCGAAAUAAUCGACGAGUCCGACAAUGUAACGGUAGAAGAGUUGAUGUCGCCUGUUUUGGCCGCGAUUCUAAGUGAUUUUCCUUUGAUUCAAAUGAACGUGCUUCUGGCGACGCCGGCCAAUCGAUUUAACACAUUACCGUCGAACAUAAAUGUCAUCGAUACGAAGAAAAUGGCCAAGGAAGAGAACGUUAUGCUUGUCGUUGGUAUUGGACUUCUGACGCGAAAUAAGAACGAUCAACUGCAAGAGAUUUUGCCGAAACUAAAGUACGGUGGUUUUGUGCUGACACGCGAGAGAUCAUUCAAAUCUGAGGAUCUCACUGCGUUGUCGAAGCUCGGCUUAGACGUGAUUCUACGGAAGAAUACUGACAAAGAGAGCGUCAUAUUACUGAAAAAGAGAGAACGACGAGCCAGGAAAACCGAAAUCGUCUACAUUAAUAACAAUGAGUUCGCCUGGCUCGACAAACUAAAUUCGAUCAUAAGUGUCGAGAACGAGACCAUGAGCGGUGACACUAGGGUGAUACUCGUCGGGGAAGGAGACGAAAGCGGUUUGUUGGGCUUUGUGAAUUGCUUCAGGAAGGAGCAAGGUGGAAAUAUCAUCAGAGCCGUGUUAAUUCAAGAUAAAAAUGCGCCCCAAUUCAAUCUGCAGGAUCCUCUGUACGCGGAACAGCUUCAGCUCCAAUUACCUGUUAACGUGUUGAGACCGGGCAAAGUCUGGGGAUCCUACAGGCAUUUACCGUUACCGUCGAGUCUGGAGCCAAAACUCGUCCACCACGCGUUUGUCGAUCAAAUAGUACGAGGCGAUUUGAACACAUUACGUUGGAUCGAAGGUCCCGUACGUUCCGAUACCACACGGAAGGAUUUGGUCUAUGUAGCGUAUUCAUCUAUCAACUUCAGAGACGUUAUGCUGGCCAUGGGAAAACUCACCCUGAACACGUACAUGAUGAUGACUAAUCGAUUUGACGAGUGCUUGAUUGGUAUAGAUUAUGCCGGUAUUGAUACCGACGGCCGUCGCGUAAUGGGAAUGCGUAAAAACAGAACCCUAUCGAACAUCGUCGAAUCCGAUAAGAACCUGUGCUGGCGCGUACCUAACAAUUGGUCAUUGGAAGACGCGGCUACGAUACCCUGCGUCUAUACCACGUGCUAUUAUGCGUUGUAUCUAUGCGGUAAUAUGCAGAAAGGUGACAAAGUGCUUAUACACUCUGGUACCGGUGGUGUCGGCCAGGCGGCAAUCCAUCUUGCGCUCCACGAAGGUUGUGAGAUUUUCACCACUGUGGGAACGCCCGAGAAGCGGGAGUUCAUUCACAAGUUUUUCCCGUCAAUACCAGACGAUCACAUUGGCAAUUCGCGCGAUACCAGUUUCGAACAGAUGGUAAUGCAGCGUACAAACGGUGCUGGCGUGGACAUUGUCCUGAAUUCGUUAGCCGAAGAGAAAUUGCAGGCGUCAGUUCGCUGUCUGGCGCACGGCGGCCGCUUUUUGGAGAUCGGCAAGUUUGAUCUUGUAGCGAACAAUGCUCUGGGAAUGAUGGUCUUCCUGAAGGAAGUCAGUUUCCACGGGGUCACGCUGGAAAGUAUGUUGGAUGCUAGCAAAGAGGAGAAGAUGAAGCUGAAUAAAUUGUUGUCCGAAGGUCUCGCGAACGGGGCUGUCAAGCCGUUGAAUAGGAAAGUUUUUGACAGGAAUAACGUAGAGGCAGCUUUCAGAUACAUGGCAGCCGGGAAACAUAUAGGCAAGGUGAUCUUGAAGAUUUGCGAUGAGGAGAAAAUCGGGAAAAUGCCUAUUCUUGCCAGCCCGCGAUAUUACUGCGACAGUAAGAAGAGCUAUGUCAUUCUAGGCGGAUUAGGUGGCUUCGGUUUGGAAUUGGCCGACUGGCUGGUCCUUCGGGGCGCGAAAAAUCUGAUAUUAAUAUCGAGAACAGGCGUGAGAAACGGCUAUCAGCGCAUGAGGGUCGACCUGUGGAAGUCUUACGGUGUGAACGUGCUCAUUAUAACAGGAGCCAAUGCUGCAAAUCGCAAGGAUUGCGAAUUUAUAUUGAGGUCCGCGGCGAAGCAGGGCCCGGUGGAUGCUAUCUUCAAUCUCGCGGUAGUGCUGAAGGAUGCCCUUUGCGAGAGUCAAACGGUGCAGUCGUUCGAAGAAUCCUUCAAGCCGAAAGCCUGUUCUACGAAGAUGCUGGACGAAUUGUCCAGGAAGUUGUGCCCGCAACUGCAGCAUUUCGUGGUAUUCUCUUCGGUCUCCUGCGGCAGAGGAAAUGUCGGACAGACGAAUUACGGUAUGGCUAACUCCGUGAUGGAGAGGAUUUGUGAGAAACGAGUAGCGGACGGCCUCCCAGGAUUAGCCAUUCAGUGGGGUGCGGUCGGUGAUGUCGGUCUCCUUGCCGAACAGCAAGAAGGCAGCAAGGAACUUGUCAUUUCGGGUACUCUUCAGCAAAGCAUAUCUUCUUGCCUGGAGAAGUUGGAGGUCUUCCUAUUGCGGGAUCAUGCAGUAGUGGCGAGCGUGGUGAUAGCCGAAAAACGUCUGGCGUAUACCGCUUUCAAUAUCGUAGAAACUGUUAUGAAUAUAAUGGGCGUAAAAGAUCUGAAGACCGUGGCUCAACACGUACUAUUGGCCGAGCUUGGGAUGGACUCGAUGAUGGCUGUUGAAAUCAAGCAGACGCUAGAAUAUAAAUUCGAUAAAUUCUUCACUCCACAGGACAUUCGUAAUCUGACCUUUUCCAAACUGACCGAGAUGGACAAGGACAUAGCGCAGGAGAAAUCACAUAUUAAAGAUGAUGGAAAGGCCGAAUUACCCGGCAUGCAAUUGCUGAUUCAAAUAAUGGGCGAUAAGGAUAUAACCAGUGAUGUCUGCCUGGAACUAGAGACCAAGAGAGAUUACCGUAAGGUUGACGUAUUUCUUAUAGCGGGAAUAGAAGGCUGUGGACACGUUUUCAUUCCGCUAGCGUCGAAAAUCAGACCCACGGCAACGUGUCUGCAAUAUGGAGUACUUAAUAUCGGGUAUAGUCUUACAUCUGUACCAGAUUACGCUGAUUAUUUGUUACCGUAUAUUUUACCAAAAGUGGAAAACCAAAGAUUCUUCGUUUUGGUGGGAUAUUCGUACGGUUCGAUAAUUGCUAUUGAAUUGGCAAGACGAUUGGAGAGUCGCGGCUUAUCCGGCCGGUUAGUGCUGGUCGACGGUGCCCCUAAUUUAAUGAAAACGAUGAUAAAUCAAUUUUUAUCUUAUUCUACGGAGAGUGAAUUUGAGAAUAAUAUUUUGCUUAGCAUCUCGGAUACUUUGCUACCAACCUUGAGUGGAAAGUUGCUUUUAGAUUUAAACAAAUAUGAGAACUGGGAACAAAAAGUAGAAAGCUUCUUAUCGUAUUUCUCUAAUGUUGAUAUACCUCUUUCCAUGGAAAAUCUAAAAGCAUUGUGUACAAGCAUUUAUAUACACCUUAUCGCCCUGCGGAAAUACGAUGUAUCAUCCUUACCGCCUAUACGAACACCCAUCUUACUUUUAAAGCCUACGUUACAAUCUAUUGAAAUGUCUGAAGAAGAUUAUGGCCUGCGCAAGAUUACGCGAGACAAGGUGGAAAUACAUUAUACCGAGGGUAAUCAUGUCACUAUGCUGAAUAGCGACAAAGUUGUAGCCGCAAUCAAUGGAGAUUCAAUGCUAGAUUCUAAAACGUUUAAGAAGCUGCUUAUGGAAGAUAAACCACUUGAAGAAGAACGUAUAAGGAAUUGAAUUGAAUAAUUUGAAAAAUGUAAUAGACGUUUAUAUUACGAAGAUACAUGUAAAAAGGGUGUUCGAAAAUUCGAAUACAAUAAGACUAUAAUUGUGGUUAAGGCUCUGGAAUAGUCGAGAUGACUAUCCCUGUUUGACACUUUGCGGUCCGCGGUCCACCCGAAGACGCUUGACUAAUGUGGUUGAUCUUAUCGAAGGCAUAAUAUGAAAUUAGCCGCGCUUAUUUGGUUCUUUUUUGUUUCUUAUACAAAUGUUGAUAUCUAAAAUUAUCAUAUCAUAUGUUUAUCAUAUGUUUCGAUUUAUCGAUAAAACCGAUGUGCUGUUAGAUCGCGACGGCAUCAUGCCGUCAAUGGGCCGCAAAGUGUUAAAGUUCUAGAGUAGUUGCUAUGACUGUCCUUAUUUAAUGACGUCAGAAGUGAGAAAAUGCAUGCCAAGAUGUUUUGCGUUAUAUAUAUAUAUAUAAAUCUUACACGCAUUAAAUAUAUAUAUAUAUAUAUAUUUAAUGCGUGUAAGAUUUAUGAUUGUAUUUUUCCCUUUUGAUUCGAUUAACUUGAAAUGGUUUUCUUUUUUUGGAGCAUAAUAAACAGUUUAUAAAUAAAAUAAAUAGCACAAUAGGUAUAAAAUCAUUUAUACCGUGUUUUCUUUCGACUCCGUGCAUUUAUCAAAAAUAAAAAUAUUACGAAUGUAUUCACAAUUACGAGCCAGGUAAAAAUACCAUGCAACGUACGCUGGGCGAAUCUUUCCUAGGUUUUUUGUUGUAGAAAAGAUCUGUAUAAACUGGUUUUAUCAUA